AUGCCUAUCGCGGAGAGAGAGCCGCCGAAAGGCCGCAGGGAAAGCUACGUCCUGCCCAGAGUGCCUGUCCCACCCUUGAAGCAGACCCUGGACAUGUACCUGACCAGUAUUAAACACCUGGUGAAGGAGGAACAGUACCAGAAGACUAAAUCCAUUGUGGAGAAGUUUGGAGAACCAGGAGGCACUGGAGAGCUGCUGCAGGAGAAGCUACUGGAGAAGAGCAUCAACACACACAACUGGGUAUAUGACUACUGGCUUGACGAUAUGUAUUUGAAUCAGAGAUUGGCCCUACCAGUCAACUCCAAUCCUGCCAUGGUCUUCCCAAAACAAGACUUUAGAGAUCACAAAGACUCACUCAAAUUCGCUGCUCACCUCAUCACAGGAGUUCUGGAGUAUAAGAAACAUAUUGACACACGGGCGUUGCCCGUGGACUUUUCUCGGGGCCAGCUGGCUGGGACCCCUCUGUGUAUGAAGCAGUACUACCGUCUCUUCAACACAUACCGUCUGCCCGGCCUCAAGAGGGACACCCUCGUCAUCCACGAGACUGGGUCCACCGAGCAGGAGCACAUCAUCGUUGCAUGCAAGAACCAGUUCUUUGUGAUGGACCUAGUGGUAAAGGAGAAAACACUGAGAGAAAUGGACAUCUUAAGCCAACUGGAGAAGAUCGUAAAGAUGGCAGAGAACGCAGAGGAGAGACAGCCUCCUUUUGGUCUGCUGACGUCUGAUGGAAGAACAGAAUGGGCCCAGGCUAGAGACGUGCUCAUUAAAGAUUCAGUUAACAGAGAGUCGUUGGCUGUGAUCGAGAAGUGUCUGUGCGUGGUAUGUCUAGACGACCCCAGUGGGAUGGAGGUUGGGGAUACCAGCCGAGCCCUGCUGAUGCUCCAUGGAGGAGGCCAUGAGAAGAUGGGGGCAAACCGCUGGUAUGACAAGCCAAUGCAGUUUGUUGUAGGGGAGGACGGAGUCUGCGGCACGGUGUGCGAGCAUUCACCCUUCGAGGGAAUAGUUCUCGUGGCGUGUACCGAAUACUUGAUGAAAUUCAUGACAGGAAGUCCCUCCAAGACAGGGAGGGCCACCAGCGUGUCGGAGCUUCCUGCUCCUCGCAGACUGCUCUGGAAGACCACGCCCCACAUCCAGGGCCUCCUGAAGGCCUCUGCUGAGAGACUGCAGAGGCUGGUUAGAGAUCUGGACAUGGAUGUACACAAGUUUGAGGUCUAUGGAAAAGAAUUCAUCAAGAAGCAGAAGAUGAGCCCAGAUGCGUACAUACAGGUGUCUCUACAACUGGCAUUUUACAGAUGCAAUGGACGGCUGGUGUCCACUUAUGAGAGUGCUUCUAUCCGUCGUUUCCAUGAGGGCCGGGUGGACAACAUACGCUCAGCGACCCCCGAGACUCUGGCCUUUGUGAAGGCCAUGACGGAUGAGAAGGCAUCUCUCUCUGAUUCAGAAAAGAUUAAACGAUUGUGGGAUGCGAUUAAUGCCCAGACAAAUUCCACAAUUGCAGCUAUUACAGGGAUGGGAAUAGACAAUCACCUUCUAGGACUCAGAGAGAUCUCACAGGAGAUCCAUAUGGAGAUGCCAGAGAUCUUCACAGAUGAAACCUACGUGGCUAGUAACCAGUUCAUUCUCUCCACCAGUCAGGUCCCCACCACAGUGGAGAUGUUCUGUUGUUACGGCCCGGUGGUUCCUAACGGUUACGGGUGCUGCUACAACCCACAGGCAGACCACCUCCUCUUCAGCGUGACCAGCUUCCACGGCAGCACCGAGACCAGCUCGGCCGUUUUUAUCAAGGCUCUGGACGAGGGCCUCGUAGAGAUGAGGGAUCUGUGCAAGACGAGCAAUAAGCCUCAGAGCAACACUGCUGCUGCCACGAAGGCAGUUGAGAAAAGCCAAGGAGCUGGCAGCAAGCCUCCGAGCACACCUCAGAAAACAGGGAAUUAAGUCAUACUGAGAUAUCAUUACGGUGUCCGUAUUAGGACAGGCUCAGUAGUCACACUCAACUUCCCACAGAUUACGGUGUCCAUAUUAGGACAGCCUCAGUAGUCACACUCAACUUCCCACAGAUUACGGUGUCCAUAUUAGGACAGCCUCAGUAGUCACACUCAACUUCUGACACGUGUCCAGGUAUGUGGUGAAAGUAGUGUUAGCUAGUUGUCCUGUGUGUAUAUUUUGGUGUUUGUGAGAUAAAAGUUUAUGUUUCUACGACUUUAUCUCUCGAGUCAAUGUGAAUCGUUAACUAUGUAACAAUGUGCAUUAAAACUAAAUAAGGAACGAAACAUAUAGAUGUAGAAAAUACGAUGUAGACGCUCUCAUUCACCAUCGGUACUCUGUGGGAGUCUAGACAGAGCAUUGCUCACUGGUCUGGUAAUCGGAAACUAAAGCCAUGCCUGCUAUUUCAGCACUGUCGUGACGGACAGCUCCUCUUCACACAGAGAAUGAACUUACUUACUCCUAAAUGAUCUCAGCGUAUGUAGGCUCAACGUACUGUUUAUUCAGCUUUGUCGAAACAACUCCUAUAUAUAUAUAUA